AUGAAAUAAUUUUAAUCAAUUAAGCAAAAAUUAACGCUGUUGCCAGGGCGGCAGACUACAGACCCAAAAAAAAAAUCGAAGAAACCCAAGCAAAAGUGAGCGAAACGUUGAAUAAAACAAACUGAAAAGUGAGUAAGCGAAAGCCAAAUCCAAUCGAAUUUGCUGAUCAGUGAAUGAACAAAGCAGAAGCAUUCUCCAAAAAAAAACAACAGAUUUGCUAACAACGAAGCUGCGCCACAUGCGACUUGAGUACCACUACUACAACCGAAUACAAAGAACUAAAAACCUCAGCUGCGAUAUAUAGACCACCUCUUCAGGUAGUCAUUUGCACGGCGCGUCCUUUGACAUUCUCCACAAGCCGUCCCACUUCAGCAAUUCAGCGGAAAGCCGUGCUGCGAUUGUGGCGCGCCUCAUUCGCCUUAAGCUGAGCGCGUCAAACGCCAGAGCAGGGAACUUAUUUGCUUCAACGCUUGAUUGCUUUCGCUUUCUCAUUAUUUUCUCGAGCAACGGCAGCGGUGUUUAUUGCCAUUGCAGCUGUCACCGCAGAGUCAUCAGCGUUCAAGUUGUUCUCAUUUGAGUGUGCUUGCCAACAAGACGCAAAAACACCGUUACAACAUUACAACGCUGUAAGCCUUAAUAAAGUUUGCAGUUCAGCGAAAAAGUUGUUGCCAAGAAUUGGUUGAGAGUGAACGUAAGAAGUAACGACGUUCAAUUAGCGCGCACGACGGCAAUGAACGGUUAAGGAAACUGAGUAACUAUUCAAGGUGUAGCUAACAAAUACAGGAGCGGUAUAUAAUUGGUAGCUUAAAAUAAAGAGAGAAUCCCAACGCGUAUUAAUAAAGCAGCUGUAACCCACUCAAAAACGCGCUUUUACGCUCCACUCAACAAGCAGUUUAGGCCUGCAACACACUAAACAAAAUGUCACACGAAACUAUUACAGUCGCCUAUCCCGACGAACCGGAGAUACCUGCGCUGGCGCUCUUCCCGCUCGAAGAGGCCGUGGAAACAGCGCCGCUACAGAAUCUCAACACUUCUUUUGCGCUGGGCAUACAUAACGACACAUUCAAUGCAACACUGGAGUAUGCAUACUAUGAGAGUUGUGCGACAAAUGGCGACUCUAUUGGACAUCUGGUGAAUUUCGUGCUUUACGUGAUCGUUUGCGUAGUCGGCCUGUUCGGCAAUACGCUCGUCAUUUAUGUCGUUUUGCGCUACUCGAAAAUGCAAACCAUUACAAAUGUCUACAUACUCAAUUUGGCAGUGGCUGAUGAAUGCUUUCUCAUCGGCAUACCGUUCUUGCUACACACCAUAGUCAGUGGUAGCUGGCAGUUUGGCAACUUCAUGUGUAAAGCUUAUAUGGUCAGCACAUCGAUUACGCAAUUCACUUCGUCGAUUUUCUUAUUGAUCAUGUCCGCAGAUCGUUAUAUUGCCGUCUGUCAUCCGAUUUCGUCGACACAAUAUCGAACGCCGCUCAAUUCGAAAAUUGUUUCGACCUUAGCUUGGCUUACAUCCGCCGUACUAAUGCUGCCCGUCAUCAUAUUUGCCAAUACCGUAGAGCAAAAUGGUCAUAUUUCCUGUCACAUAAAGUGGCCUGAGUUGGGUCGUCAUGAAACUGGCUUCACUUUCAUUAUGUACGUUUUUACGCUGGGCUUUGCCACACCACUCGUUUUCAUACUCUGCUUUUACUAUUUGGUCAUACGUAAGCUGCGCACUGUCGGCCCACAGAAUAAGUCGAAAGAGAAGAAACGUUCACAUCGCAAGGUCACGCGGCUGGUACUCACUGUCAUCACUGUCUACAUACUUUGUUGGCUGCCCUUCUGGAUAUCACAGCUAAUACUAAUCACCACUACACCCAGUCGCUGUGCUACACGCUUUGAAAUUGCCAUCUUCCUGCUUGUCGGCUGCCUCGGUUACUCCAACUCAGCCAUGAAUCCCUUUCUCUACGCUUUCCUAAGUGAAAACUUUAAAAAGAGUUUCCGCAAAGCAUUUGCCGCCAUCACCUCUAUGCAGACAAAGGACACCACACUCACGGCUAGCGGCACAGGCAUUGCGCCGACAGCUGAACUGCAUAGCAAGGACGUGAGCAUGUUUAGUAAGUUGGGCAAGAAGAGUCGCAAAUUAGCUGCUAUGCGCCAACAACGCCAAAAGCAGAAGGAGGCACUACUGGGCGCUGACAGCAAUACAACAACUAUGGUCACAAAUACAACUUAUGGCACGGCAACAACCGCGACGACAAUGACCGUGGCCGAGCCGUCCGAAGCAGUGCCAGCGGAAAUUACAAAUGCCAAUCUCACGCGCGAAGCGUGCUGCGACAAUGGCGGUCAGCUGAUUAAAGGCGACAAAACAACAGCUGACUCUUCCGAGUUGAGUGAUGUCAGUGCGGUAAAUGCGGUAAGCGAAGUGAGUGUGGCUGCGGCGGAAGAGGGCAGUGCAAAUAGCUGUGUGAGAAUUGUAAAUGAAGUGCAGCGACCGCCAGUCUUGCGCACUGAUUUAUAAGAGAAUUAGCGACGUCUAGUUGUAUAGUGUGUGUGAAUAUGUAGGCAGAAAAAAUGUAGGAAGAAUAAUGGAAAAAUUAAAGCUGAAAUGCACACCACACAUCCAUGCUUUCCCUGUAUGGCGGAAUUCUAUAGUGCUUAGCGCUUAGCUAAAUUUAAGUAUAAACUAAUUAAUCUACGGCUGUUCGAACUAGUUGAA